AUGUCAAACGAUAUAGAUUUGUUUAUAUCGGUGCCGCGAUCUUGUUUAAAUGAUUUUUAUAGCAAGUAUCUUAAUUUAGUUGAAACUUUUUAUUAUGUUACGUUAUCGGAGUGUAAAUCAACUAUCGCGAAAGAGAAACCAGAAUACGUGUUUUUUAAUGUUAUAUUUAAUUUAAAUCCCGUGGAUGGAAAUUUCAACCCUCAAGAGCUUGUUGCCCGGAUACAGAAAUAUGUCGAGUCUUCGCUGGGCUGGGCCGGUGAGCGCGGCGAAGACUCCAGCUACGACUCGGAGUGCGACGAUGAUGGCAGCCAUCGGGCUGCUUCGCGCACUCCAUCCGACACACUCGCCGCUGAAUUUGCCGAGUAUGUGACGUUAGCAGCGCCGCCACAGCCGAACCAGGCAAAGAUCGAUUUCGCGGUAAAACUGGGUUACUCGGAGCGUUUGGCGCGAACAGCUCUACAGCGGCUCGGUCCCGACCCGCCGCGAAAUGAGUUGUUGGCGGAGCUAAUCAAAUUAGCGGCUAAACAACCGCCGCGUGCGAGAUCACCACCACCGCCCGUCGAGCCCGACCCGCCGCCUGACCGCGCGCCCUUGCGACACAUCGUCAUCGACGGCAGCAACGUUGCUAUGAGUCAUGGCAAUAAGGAAAUAUUCUCAUGCCGCGGUAUCGAGAUAUGCGUCGAUUGGUUCCGAGCGCGAGGCCACAAGGAGAUAACCGUGUUCGUACCGAAGUGGCGCAAAGAAGCUUCAAGACCCGACAACCCCGUAGCUGACAGAGACGCUCUCGAUCGACUCGAAAGAGAAAGAGUAUUAGUGUACACACCGAGUAGACUCCUCGGCGGUAAACGUCUUAUCUGCUACGAUGAUAGAUAUAUAUUGCGUCUCGCCGCCGAAACAGAUGGCAUAGUCGUCUCCAACGACAACUAUAGAGACCUUGCCGCCGAAAGUCCAGAAUUUCGGAAAGUCGUCGAAGAACGCCUCCUCAUGUUCUCGUUUGUAAACGAUCGCUUCAUGCCGCCAGACGAUCCUCUUGGCCGAUCGGGGCCAACUUUAGAUGCAUUCCUACGCGCACCCCCAUCAAAAACCGAUCCUCCACCCGCUUGUCCCUACGGUCGAAAGUGCACGUACGGCAAUAAAUGUAAAUUUCACCAUCCAGAACGCGCUGGUCGUCCACAUAAACCAGUUGCGGAGAAACUAUCCGAACGGGCGGCUCGGGCGCUGAAAGCACGCGAUUUACACACGCUCAGCUUACCGCCGAGCGGUCGGCCGGCGGACAAUAAACGCCCGUUGGCGCGGGCGCACUCCGCUGCACCUCGGUUGCCGGAUGCGACACUAGCAACACACUUUGACCGCGCUCAAAUCUUACCCGGCCCCUCGCAACCGCCACAACCGGACACAAAUCCUCAUAGGAAGUUGGUGAGGCAACUCACACUCAAUCCGGCUUGUGAUCCGAGGCUACACACGACGGCGGCUAGAGUCGCUUCGGCGCCAGUGGGAGCUGCUGCGGCGAUCGGAAACGGAUUACCGCUCUCUCCUUGCGCCUCUGAAGGCGCUUUGCAACAUUGGGAAGCGCGGCGUCGCAUGCACUUCCACCUGGCGGGCAUUUUCCCCGAGGCCCAAGUCGCUGAAGCGAUGGCCGCUUAUCCCGAAGAAACAGACGCGCAGACAAUGUGCGCAAUAAUAUUAGACCGGUACCGACCGAGCGAGGCGCCAUUGCCACGACUCUCACCUCUAUGA